UCAGCAUCAUCGGCUUCCUGAUGGCUUCAGUGGAGCUGAGGGGAGAGAGUUCAGCAUCCUCACAGCCGGGUGGAAGAAGCUGCUGGACGCUCUGCUGGACGCUCUGCUGGACUCUGCUGGUGUGGGAGCGGAGGCUUCUGUGCCUCCUCCCAGAGGGCAGCGCCCACCUAUGUCUCUCUCCCAGCGAAGGGGUGGAGGCUGACGGCCGUCUUUUCUGGAUGGAUGGAGGAAAAAGGGGGGAAUUAGCGGCUCUCCUCUCCAGUUGGUUCUCGGAGAGCGCUUUUGAUGACCAGAAACUACAUCAUCAGCGGAGACUUUUUCCCUGGGAGGAAAGAAAGGGGCUUAAAAUGACUGUCGGAGUGAUCACUGACCUGCUGCACGAGGCUUGAAUCCACCGAGAAAACCCCAUGGAGCAUGAUGUGGAGAGCCCAGCCGUCAUCAGGAAGCCCAAGUUGCCUAAGCAGGCUCGCGAGGACCUGCCUAAGCAGCUGGUGGAAAUGGACCGAGCUAAGAAGAUCCAGCGGUAUGUCCAGAAAGACGGGAAGUGCAACGUCCACCACGGGAACGUGCGGGAGAGAUACCGCUACCUGACGGACAUUUUCACCACGCUGGUGGAUCUCAAAUGGAGGUUUAACCUCUUUAUCUUCGUGCUGGUCUACACAGUGACUUGGCUUUUCUUUGGCUUUAUGUGGUGGCUUAUCGCCUACCUCCGAGGUGACCUGGACCAUCUAGCAGACAACCAGUGGACUCCAUGUGUCAAUAACCUGAACGGGUUUGUAUCAGCGUUUCUGUUCUCCAUUGAGACGGAGACCACCAUUGGUUAUGGAUACAGAGUCAUUACGGACCAAUGCCCCGAGGGGAUACUUCUGCUUUUAAUUCAGUCAGUGCUGGGAUCUAUCGUGAAUGCCUUCAUGGUGGGUUGCAUGUUUGUUAAGAUCUCGCAGCCCAAGAAGCGAGCUGAGACUCUUGUGUUUUCCACCCAUGCCGUCAUUUCCAUGAGAGAUGGGCGGCUGUGCCUGAUGUUCAGAGUCGGAGACCUCCGAAACUCGCACAUCGUCGAGGCUUCAAUCAGAGCCAAAUUAAUCAAGUCUAAGCAGACCAAGGAGGGGGAGUUCAUCCCUCUGAACCAGACGGACAUGAACGUGGGUUACAGCACAGGAGACGACCGGCUCUUCCUAGUGUCGCCACUCAUCAUAUGCCACGAGAUAAACCAGCACAGCCCCUUCUGGGAGAUUUCCCAGGCCCACCUGGCGAAGGAGGACCUGGAAAUUGUCGUCAUCCUGGAGGGAAUGGUGGAGGCAACAGGUAUGACGUGCCAGGCCAGAAGCUCCUACGUCAGCAGCGAGAUCAAGUGGGGCUACCGCUUCACGCCCGUCCUCACACUGGAGGACGGCUUCUACGAGGUGGACUACAACAGCUUCCACGAGAUCUACCAGACCGACACGCCCUCCUGCAGCGCCCGGGAGCUGGCCGACAUGAGCAGCCGCGCCCGCCUGCCGCUGACCUGGUCGCUGGCCAGCAAGCUGAGCCAGCAGGGGCUGCCCGAGUCCGAGCAGGAGGGCCAGGAGACGAAAAGCAAUCCGGAGAACGAGGGGAAAGGCCGGCAGGCCGAGAGGAACGGGGACGUCGCUAACUUAGAGAGCGAGUCCAAAGUGUAGCGGGCGCCGGACGGCGGGCAGAAGGCUGGCAGGUCAGUGUCAGACGGCCGGACUGUAAGCUAGCUGCCGGGGAGAACCACAGAAUGAGGACCAACGAGUAGUAGACCAAGUAUCCCUCCACCAAGAACCACUUUUUCUUAGUGACUCACACUAAACCCCCCCUAAACGCAACAAAAGCUGUAAACAUGUGACCCCACACUGGACUGACGGUCCUGUGCGGGAGGUGCAUGUUUCAAAUGUAAUGUGAGGUCCUCCGGACAUGAUGCCCAUUAUUUUUUCUAUUAAGAUAUUCCUAGGGGGAAUUUGCAUAAGUAUUUUUGUAUAUAGUAUAAACAGUUUUGAAUUCUUUGUUUUGUUGCAGUGUGAAUAUUUGACCAAUGUUUGAUACUAAUACCUUUAGAUUAGUUCUGUAUAUAUUCUAUGCCUUACUGUAUGUAUAAAACUUUCAUUAUUUGUUUUUCAGAACUAUAUCUAAGCAUGUAUAAACAUUAUCUACAGUUCAUUUAUAUUGUAUUGUGUAUAUACUGUAUAACAAUGUUAUAAGAAAAACGUACAUCUCAAUGGAUGCAAAUUCUAGUUGAAACCAAUGACAGAUUCUUCCCCGAAUAAUAAGUGUUUAUUUAUGGUAGUACUACACAAAGCCAUGAUUUGCUGUUUACAGCUCACUGACUUAAGACAAUGGCCCUUUAAAACUGCAUUUUGUCACUUUUUGCACACGGGAGGCCUCUGGUCUGGUGGAGAAUGUUAGAAAGCCCUCACAUGUCACCUAAAAGUAUCAACAAUAAAUAAACAGUAAGUUGCGUAUUAUGCACACAAACCUGUUGUGUUUAUGAUUUUUGAGUCUUAUUUCCA